CACACCAAAGCGCCGCGGUCGCGCGCUCUUUGCCGCCAACGCCGGCUUAGCGAACUUCGAUCGACUCCGCGAACUUAGACGAAUAUUUAAAUUUAAAUUUGGAACUUUUUUAUUCUAUUUGUUAUAUUUAGAGGGUUAUGUAGUGGUAGUUGUGAUAAGUGUGUAUGUAGUUGGUGUACGCAUGGAACGGUAUUGCGAUGUGAUCAGAGAUUAGGCGUACUAACGGCUUUUAUUGUGUAGAUUCCCUACCCGAGAUUGUCAGUGAUGAGAACAUCGAGCGGUAUCACGAUUUAAAGUUCAACAGUCUCAACAAUUUGAGCGUCGAUCUCGACGUCGACUACUACUACUGGGGUGGGAUGUGUGAGAGGACAUGAUCCGGGCUGUGUUUGGGGUGCGGUGAUGCGGGGGACACGACGCGAUGCGCGCAGGCUUUGAUGGAAGAGUCGUGGUCGUCGGGCGGUGCGCCGCUGCUACGUACCCGCUCCUUGCCGCUGGUGCUCGAAGCGAGUGGGGGACCCCCUGCGCGCCAGGCGAAGCUCGACCCGCGCCAGUUGUUGACCCUCACGCGGCAUUACUACCCCGAGGGUGGAUGGGGGUGGGGCGUGGCGUUGGCAGCGACCAUAGCCCAGCUGCUGGCCCAUGGGCUGCACCAAGCUGCCGCGGUGCUGACAGUGGAGGUCGUACGACGUUUCGGACCAGAGGUUCGGAUGCAAGCAGGCUGUCUCGGCGCGCUAUCAGCGGGUGUGGCGCUUGCAUUGUCUCCAGUGACAGUGGCGCUAUGUGUACGCAAGUCCACUCGAGUGACAGCGGUGGUGGGGGGGCUGGUCGCGGCGCUCGGCUGCCUGUUCACCUCCUUCGCAACACAGUUCCACCAGCUCUUCUUCAGUUACGGGACGGUGGUAGGUGUGGGGGUGGGUUUGACGCGAGACUGCUCCACUCUGAUGGUGGCGCAAUACUUCAAGCGGCGCCGCGAGCUGGUGGAGAUCUUCAUCGUGAGCGGCAGCGGGCUGGGCAUCGCCGUCAUGUCUACCUUCAUCAAAGCUGCGAUCAGAGCAAUCGGUUGGCGAUUAGGAUUACAGGCAGUGACCGGAGUAGUUUUCCUCACUUUCAUACUAGGCAUGUUUUACCGCUCUGCCUCCUUAUACCAUCCACAAAGACGAGCCAUCCUACACCUUAAGAACCAGAACAAAAUCAAGCGGAAAAUGAAAGACAGAAACAAAUCCGACGACAGGCAACCUUUCUUCGACUUUUCCACUCUGAGAUCGAAGACUGUGAGAAUCCUGCUCAUGUCUACCGGCAUAUCGGCAUUUGGGAUCAACACGCCGAUAUUUUACUUGGCUUAUCACGCCGAGGAGGAAGGUCUUGGUGACAAUGCAGAGUUGCUACAAGCGUACCUAGGCCUGGGGUGGGCGGUAGGUUGUGCUGCCUUCGGUCUGCUGGUGCGACAGAACUCGGCGGAGUGUCGGAUAGCGAGGCAGUACCUCACGCAAGCUGCUGUGUUUGUUUGUGGCUUGGCCACUAUGGCGCUGACUGCUGUGGAGGGGUCAUACAGCGGUUAUGUGAUGUUCGCUUGGAUUUAUGGUAUAUUCUGCGGCGGCUACCACUACUCGCUGAAGAUGUACACGUACGAGCGAGUGCGGUCCCGCAACUUCGCGCGCACGUGGGGCUUCGUGCAGUGCUCGCAAGCGGUGCCAAUUGCGAUCGGCGUGCCGCUCUCUGGAUACAUAAACGUGGGAUGCGGCGGCAAGGCGGGAUACUACUUCAGUUCCACGUGCUCGCUCAUCGGCUCAUUGUCGCUGUUUUGUAUCGACUUGCAUCGCCGCAGCGUCGCUCAAAAACACACCAAAGAAAACGGCGGAGGGAUAGGAUGCGAAUCGGCGUGCAGCGCGCCGCGCAGCCGCAGCCGCGACCACGAGCCCCGCGCCGCCACUGGCGCUGCCACUGCAUUGGUUCUAGGAGCUGAGCUGGUAGCACCGGGCAGAGCUGGACGCGAUCUGCUGCUGGACAGCAUCGGGCCAGGCAGUCUGGGCUCUCCGCCGCCCAACAUACCGCCCGAGCUGACCUGCAUCAGCGAGGAGGGCGGCCUAGACUUAGACCUAGAUCUAGACAUACCCGAGCAUCUGCUGGAGGACUUGGACUGUGGCGGUGAUUGUAUUACUAGCUGCAAUAAGGUGGAGAACUAUUUAAUGCUAAGCGAAUAUGAAAACAACCUAAUUGCUGAGCUCCCCUUGAACGAGCGCAGAGGCAGACGGUGGUCAUUCGUAGUGUCAAACAACUCGCCCCAACCGUCCAGUAACCAGCUCCACUCCCCGGAACACCGCACCGAGGUGAAGUGGAAGAAAAAGUGCCAUAAUGCUAGCAACAGACUGAUCACAGUGAUAAACGAAGCGUCGUUGUAAACUAUGGAGUAACGUUGAGACAAUAAAUAGAGUACGUUUUUUAGUGUUCCAAUGACCUAUUUAACCUCAUAAUUUAUUUGUUGUGUGUGCAUAGUAGUCUCAUUUGUGUAUUAUUCGGUAUUAUUUAUUAAAUUAUUAUAAUUAUAAAUUAA